AUGAAUGAGGAGGCGGAACCCAAACAAACGAUGGCUAACAAGAAGACUGACGACCAAGAAACCUUAAGAAAUACCUCAAAAUCUCCACAGUCCCGACUCAGUGACGUGGAUGAGUAUGGGUUCCAGCGGCCGCCACACUUCGACUACCACACUUACGAGGAGUUCAUGUCGCGUUACCUCACUGUGCUGGCUCGGAGGGCGCGGAAGUGGGCACACCCUGGGGCGCGGGAGACGGUGGGCCGCGGGGUGAAGCUCAAGCGAUAUGUGCGGAAGGGCAUUCCACUCAAGCACCGGGGGAAGAUGUGGCUGGAGGUGAGCGGGCGGCAGCGCAUGGCAGCCUCCCCGGGGCACUACAAGGCGCUGGUGGCCGGGGCGCCCCUGGGGGAGGAAGUGCAGGAGUCCAUCCGGGUGGACCUUCCGCGGACCUUCCCGGACAACAUCCACUUCCGGCAGGGGGGCCAUGGGGGCAGGGACCGGCAGGGUAAGCUGACCAGUCUGAACAAUGUCCUGUCAGCGUUCUGUCGGCACAGCGCAGGGAUUGGCUACUGUCAGGGUCUGAAUUACAUAGCUGGCCUCCUCCUGCUGGUGACUAAUGAUGAGGAGAGCUCCUUCUGGCUUCUCGUCACCCUUACCGACCAAAUCCUGCCUGACUACUACACCCCCACCAUGACGGGCGUACUGACGGACACUCGGGUUAUGGAGGUGCUGGUCAAAGAGCGCUGUCCCUUGGUGUGGCGUCACAUUCACCACUACAACCUUACGUGGGACCUCCUGGUGACCAAAUGGUUCGUCUGCCUGUAUGCUGAAGUCCUGCCCAUUGAGACCGUGCUAAGGAUCUGGGACUGCCUAUUCUACGAGGGCAACAAGGUGUUAAUGCGCGUGGCGGUGGCGCUGGUGGUGGUCAACGAGGCGGAGAUCCUCAAGGCACAGGAAUUUGGUGACAUUGUGAAUUGCUUUAAGAAGAUCACCAACGAGGCUGUUGAUUGCCACGCCUUCAUGGAGACUGUCUUCAAGGUGUCUGGGUCCUUUCCCCGUGCACGCCUGGCCAAGCUGAGGGAAACGUGUAUGGAACAAGUAUUAGCUGAGAGUAAGAAGUAGAGAGAGAGAGAGAGAGAGAGAGAGAGAGAGAGAGAGAGAGAGAGAGAGAGAGAGAGAGAGAGAGAGAGAGAGAGAGUUCAUUUUAUUU